AUGGUCGACCAUUUCCUCGACCACGCGUCGAACGGCAAAAAUUUCACAGUCACUGACUACGCAUACUACUCUGGACUUGUGCGCGCCAAGUGCAAGCGCACAAAUGGUCAAUACUCAUUGACAUGGAGCUUUCUACACAAGUUUCUAGGAUCUGGAAGCGCCGCUCUUAUGUACGGGGUCUUUGGUGGGGUUGUGGAUGACUUAAGGAUCUGGUUGACUGAAGAACGUCUUCCGGACGGGUGGGAGCCCAAGUCCAGAGCGCCGUUAGGAUGGACUAUCACCCAAGCUCAAGCCAUUUCCCUCGCAGUCGAAUUCAACAUCAAUGAGCAGCAAAAGCUCGCUCCCAAGGAUGAAGCUUACCUCCAGUCCAAUGAAGGGCAGUUACUCGAUCUGUAA